AUGACGGAUAAAAAUGAAGAUAAAUAUGUUAUUCACGAAUCAAUAAGAGCUGGUAAAGCGUUGCUUGUACAACAGUUAAUCAAUGAAAACCCCAAACUAUUAUUUAGAAAGGAUGAAGAUGACAGGACGCCGUUACAUUGGGCAUGUACAAUGGAUAAUAACGAAAUUAUUAAGAUUUUAUUACAGCCUCGAAAUGGCAUUGAUGAAAUAGAUAUCGAUGAAAUGGUUGACGCAAGCGGAUGGACACCAAUCCACAUCGUAUCGGCGUUGGGAAAUGUCCAAAUAUUGGAACAACUUAUGAAACUUGAACCGACGCCGGAUAUAAACUUGGCCACUAACCAAGGGACCACAGCAUUACACUUGGCCAUUAGUAAGAACCAUCUUGCAUUGGUGGAAAAGCUUGUUGUUGAAUACAAGUGUUCAUGUAGGGUAAAGGAUAAAAAUGGGUUUACUGGUCUACACAGAGCCGCAAGUAUUGGGUCCCAGCCAAUAGUCAAGUUGCUAAUUGAACAUGGAAAAGUCAAUAUUAACGCAAAGGAUAAUAAUGGCUGGACAAGUUUACAUCAUGCUUUGGCCGAGGGGCAAGGCGAUGUGGCUCUUCUACUUGCCAAAUUGGGAGCUGAUCCUUCUAUUCAAAACAAUGAUUCGCAAACUCCACAACAAGUAUCUGUAGAUGAGAAAGUGAAACAUUAUUUUGAAAGCAAUAUUAAAAAUGUAUGA